GCGUAGCGCAGCAAUCGGUGGUGCGCUGUGUCCCUCGGACACAGCGGAUCACCGAUCCACGGAAAGAGCAAAAGAUGUCGGCUCGGUGACAUGUACACUGAUCAUCAGGGCACUGAUGAUCACCCCAGCAGUGCCACCUGUCAGUGUCCAUCAGUGGCAGCUCUCAGUGCUCAUCCAUGCCACCUGCCAGUGCCCAUCAGAGCCACAUCCAUGCCACAUAUCAGUGCCUACCAGUGCACAUCAAUGCCACAUAUAAGUGCCCAUCUGAGCUGCAUUUCAGUGCCAGUCAGUGCCACCUUUCAAUGCCUAUCAGCGCCACCUAUCAGUGCUGCCAAUCAGUGCCACCUAUCAGUGCCAGUCAGUGCCGCCUAUCAGUGCCAGGCAGUGCCUCCUAUCAGUGUGCAUCAGUGCUGCCUAUCAGUGCCCGUCAGU